AUGCUUGUGCAGGCAGGUGAUGCUUCUGCCAAGGAUCACAGAGCCACCACACUCCUCUCGCUCAUCAAAAAAUCCAAGAAGAAUAUUGGGUCAGAGGUACAGGAUGACAAGGCAGGGCAGUAUUACAUCCAGGAUGGGGUGGUUUUAUCACCUGCACAGUGGCCAGAAAAAGCCAUAUUGUCAAUGAAGUUGCAAAUGUGGUGGGCUACACAGGAGCAUCCAAAGAUAGUGCAACAAUUGGCAAACCUCUUUUAUCAGGAUUCCCACCAAUUUGGGCUGAGUCCUGCCAAGAAGUUUGUGAAUCACUGUCUUACUUCCAAAGCUACCACAGCGGAGUCUAUCACUCAAAUGGAAUUGUCCAUGGCUAUCUGUUGGGCAGAUCACCAAUUGUUGAUGAUUUCGCAUGGUGGAGGCAAAGCUAAAAAUGUUCUGGCCAACAGUGUUGGUGCUGCUCAGUUUCAACAGGCAAAGGAUCAAGAAGUCACAGACAAAUCUGUCCACGCCUUACUCAAGAAUUAUAAAAACAGUGGGGUUGUCCACUGGAAGUUUGCCUUCUGGUGGUGCAAAGGACAAGGUGAUCUGUGGUGGACAACAUACAAGUAUAAGGGUUUCAAUGCAAUUAGAGCCUUUCCUUUACAAACAGUGUACCUGGUUCAUCUCAAUGAGCUUGCCAUUCCUGUCCAUUGGGAUGUGGAGCAUGCUUGGUAUCAUCAAUAUUGUCUUUGUGAUGGCAAGAAGGGUGGAUGA